AUGUCGGAGAAGCACGAGCACGAGACGUCCAAGCACGUCUCGGCUGAGGGCAUCCAGCAGUCCUCUUCUAACCCGAGCCAGAAUGAGGAGCCCAUGUUCGAAAGAGAUCCCAACCGCAAGUGGUGGCACGGCAUCAAGGAACCUGGCCAUGCGCUCCAAAUCGUGACGGCCGCCAUCUUGGCUAUCGCCAUUGGCAUGGCUGUUACCUCCACGGUUGGCAGCAAAAACAUUCCCCAGGCGGCUACUGUCAUUAUCGGUAUCCCAGGUGUGCUCUGGUUGCGUGCUCUCAGAGCUGUUGUGCUUCCCUUGAUUAUCUGCGCCAUGAUUCUCGCUGUUCAAAAGUUGAGGGCAAUGUCCACGGGCGGUGGUGCUGUGGUUGCGAAGUGGUCCGUGUCAUACUACGUGCUCACGACCCUGCUCGCCAUUGUGCACUCAACUAUUGCAGUGGCCGUCGGUUGGAUCCGUCUCAUGCAGGUUAUGGAUGCCAAAUCUCUGGAGGUUACCGAUGAGGAUGACCAGGACAUGAUCAAGGAGAGAACUGAGACCAAGAUUCACGACGUUGUCAAGCAGAUGUUUGAGUCCUUCAUCCCUCAAAACGUUGUCAAGUCGCUCGCCGAAGACGGUCUCCUCGCCAUCCUCGUCACCUCCGUCAUCGUUGGAUACCUUCUGAAGCCCAACUCGCCGCUCCUCAAGGUCGUCAAGGAGAUUGAGGAGCUCAUUACCAUCAUCAUCACCUGGUUGAUCAAGGCUGCGCCUAUUGGUGUUUUCUUCCUCAUCCUGCCCAACCUCUUCAGACUCGACAUUGCCAGUAUCGCCCAGAACUUGGGUGUCCUGAUUGGCUCUUCGCUUGUCGGCAUGUUCUUCCACCUGUUUGUAGUGUUGCCGCUCCUCUUCUUCCUCAUCCUCCGCCGCAACCCUUACAGCUACUGGAUGAAGCAGUCGCCUGCCUGGAUUACUGCCUGGGGUACUGCUUCCAGUGCCGCUACGCUCCCGGUCACCAUGAAGUGUGCCAAGCGCACUGGUAUCCCCGAUGGUCUUGCCAAGUUCACCCUGCCCCUGGGUUGCUUGAUCAACAUGGAUGGUACUGCUAUUUACUUCCCGGCUGUCGUUGUCUUCCUUGCCGCCACUCAGGGCCACGAGCUUACCGGUGCCGACUAUGUCAUCAUCGUCCUGCUCUCCACCCUUGCCUCGAUCGGAACCACGCCCAUUCCUAGCUCGUCUCUCGUCUUGACCGUCAUGAUUGCCACCAGUGUCAACGUCGAGAUUACCGGCAUGUACGCCGUCGUUGUCGCCAUCGAUUGGUUCAUUGACCGCUUCAGAACCGCCCUCAACGUGAGCGGUGAUCUGUUCGCUGCUCCCAUUAUCCAAAAGCUCGCCAAGGUGGAGGACGAUGGUGUUGUUUCGGAGGAAGAGGGUGUUGUCGUUACCGACAACAACGACCGCGUGUAG